CCCGAGAGCGUAGACGCAAAGAUGGCGGCUCUCAGUGUGGCUCGAAUGAGCUGCGGUCUGUUAAACGGGUUUAGGACAUCUUUCAGGAGUUUGACUCCCCUUAAACAUGGCGCAGUCGCUACUGCAAUACUGCAUACGAGCCUGCACCCGGACUGCCGGCGGUAUUCUGUCAGCCACCUGUCCGUUAAGGAGAGGAUUGACAAGAAACGCGCGGCGGCGCUGGUCGGGGGAGGUCAACAGAGAAUAGACGCACAACACAAAAGGGGUAAGCUAACAGCCAGGGAGCGAGUGGAGCUUCUGCUGGACCCUGAGUCCUUUGUGGAGACGGACAUGUUCGUGGAGCAUCGCUGCUCUGACUUCGGCAUGGAGCAGGAUAGGAACAAGUUCCCCGGUGACAGCGUGGUGACGGGCCAUGGCAGGAUCAAUGGCAGGCUGGUUUAUGUAUUCAGUCAGGUACAAUGUUUAACUAUACUGCAAUUAUGCUACAGUGUGGCAAAAAUAUAUAAGCUUCGUAUCACCUGUGUAAUAUUUCCGUCUUUCUGUUUCUCUCAGGACUUCACAGUGUUUGGUGGCAGUUUGUCUGGAGCCCAUGCACAGAAGAUUUGUAAGAUUAUGGACCAGGCCAUGACAGUUGGAGCGCCGGUCAUCGGGUUGAACGACUCUGGAGGAGCUCGGAUCCAGGAAGGAGUGGAGUCUCUGGCCGGAUAUGCAGAUAUAUUCCUGAGGAAUGUGCUGGCUUCAGGAGUCGUGCCUCAGAUCUCUCUCAUCAUGGGGCCCUGUGCAGGAGGAGCCGUCUACUCCCCCGCCCUGACAGACUUCACUUUCAUGGUUAAGGACACAUCAUACCUGUUCAUCACUGGACCUGAUGUAGUGAAAUCUGUCACCAAUGAAGACGUGACCCAAGAGGAGCUUGGAGGAGCCAAAACUCACACCACCGUGUCCGGAGUGGCUCACCGUGCUUUUGAGGAUGACGUUGAAGCGUUGCUCAACAUGCGAGAGUUCUUCAACUUCUUGCCGCUCAGCAAUCAGGAUCCCGCCCCCAUCAGGGAGUGCCACGACAGCAGCAAUCGUCUUGUACAUUCGUUGGACACCAUCGUCCCGUUUGAGACAACUAAAGCCUACGACAUGUUGGACAUCAUUCAGGCGAUAGUGGAUGAGAGCGACUUCUUUGAGAUCAUGCCCAACUACGCCAAGAACAUCGUGGUGGGAUUUGCCCGCAUGAACGGACGCACUGUAGGCAUUGUGGGUAACCAGCCUAAAGUAGCUUCUGGCUGUCUGGACAUCAACUCCUCAGUGAAGGGAGCGCGCUUUGUACGCUUCUGUGACGCUUUCAAUAUUCCCAUCAUCACCUUUGUGGAUGUGCCGGGCUUCCUGCCAGGAACCGCUCAGGAGUACGGAGGCAUCAUCAGACACGGAGCCAAACUGCUGUACGCCUUUGCUGAGGCCACCGUCCCCAAAAUAACCAUCAUCACCAGAAAGGCUUACGGAGGAGCCUAUGACGUGAUGAGCUCCAAACACUUGAGAGGAGACAUGAACUACGCCUGGCCCACAGCUGAGGUCGCUGUCAUGGGUGCCAAGGGUGCUGUCCAGAUUAUCUUCAGAGGAAAGGAGAACCAGGCGGAGGCAGAGGCUGAAUACGUGGAGAAGUUCGCCAACCCUUUCCCAGCUGCAGUCCGAGGUUUCGUGGAUGACAUAAUUGAGCCGGCGACAACUCGCAAGAAGAUCUGCAGAGAUCUGGAGGUGCUGGCCAGCAAGAAGCAGAGCAACCCCUGGAAGAAACACGCCAACAUUCCUCUGUGAAACAAACAAACUGUUUUCACAUCAACACUCUUGACUGUGCUCGCUGUGGGAGUUUCCCGAUACUGACUUUAAAUCCGGAUGAACUGCACUAGUUCCCUGUGGUUAGGACGUUAGUAGCCUGUCAGCAGAGGUCUGUUUUGUUAUUCACCACUCCACUGAAGCAGCACAUAAAGAUACACUACCUGAUUUUGUUGUGCGUAGUUGCAUCCAUAAAAAUCUGAUUAUGUUUCAACUAGGGCUAAAUGUUGAUACCGUAUCAGGAUAUGAGACUCGAUAUCCUUCUAGACUUUGUGUGGUCAUUUUCAAACUAUUGGGGGAAAUAUUGGUGCUCUGUCAACAAAAUCAGCAGGUUUAUCUUUACAACUUCACGACUGAUUUGCAAGAUAUUGAUAUAAAAAAUCCUAACUCAUUUACAGGACCAGACCAGGAUAAAAGUGGUUGUACACAUUUAAGAUAAUUGUGUCAGUAGUGACCACAUUGGACACUACUGUUGGUUUGAUUUGACCUUUUUGAGAACAAGAUUUUAUCUGAAGUGUAGAUUAAGUGUCACUGAUGGAAGGUGAACGGACACGAGCAACUGAACUGUCAAUAUGAUUCAGGUUAGUCGAAGUUUUCAUAUACUAUUUUUAGUUUUAGUUUUCGGUGUGUACCGUAGUGUUUUUAGAAACACUCCUUGUGUUGUCCUUUUUGUUUAGAUCAAGAUAAAGUCAUCCUCACACCCUGGAACUGUGCCUUUCUUCUCUGGCAGCCUCUGCCACUUGUAAAAUAAAUAAUGGACUCAA